AUGUCUCUCUGGAGCUCAUACCGUUCUCUUUCGCCAAAAACACGGGCCCUGUUCGGCGUCGGCGUCAUGGCGUGGGCGACGAUCGGGUUGUGGACGGCACCGCAGGUGGAGGAUGCGAUGGGAAUGAAAGCUUCAAAGGAAGAGCAGGAGGCGCUGGAUCGGAAAUUGGCGCUGAAAGUUUCGAGGGUCGGUGCGGAGGACAAGGGAAAUUCUCAAUGA